GGGCCUGGCCUCGCCCCGCCGCGCAGCGCCGCGCAGCGCCGGGCCGGGCGUCCGUGAGGGGCCGCGGCGGCACCGCGCCGGGGGCCGCCGCUGCCGCCCUGCCCGGCCCCGGCCCCGGCCCUGCUCUCAGGCCCGCGCCGGGGUCGGGGCUCCCCCGCGGCACGCGCAGAGCCGUUGGCGUGGGCAGCCUUGCCCCAAAGAUGGGUGUUUUGUGUCAGUCCUGGUGAGCGGGGUCACCGCGGGAGGGCGGUGGCUGCGGGUAUUUGGUGUUGAGUUUAAGAGGAGUUUUUGAAGGUCUUAACUGGCAGACCGUAAGGAAAAAAAGAAAUCUGAAGGAAAAAAGAAAAAGAAAAAAGGGCCGGGCGCGUGCACCCGCGGGAACGCCAAGGCCUCCCCGUUAGCCAGCCGUGAUCGGAUGGAGGAGGCAGCUCACGCGCUGGGUUUCCCGUCGCCGGCGGCCUUUGCCAGCGAUGUCUGCUGCGAAGCAGAAGGUGUUGGUGGCACCGAGAGCUGCCCCACGGGUGAAACGGGAGAUGUACUCGUGGGCAAGUGUGCGUCUAACCCGGCGUGGACAGACGUUCGUUUCAAACGGGAAACUUCCCCCCGCGAUGGAAGAGCAGCGGGAGGUAUGCAGGUUCCCCCAUAAACUCCUGUAAAACUAAUGUUCCUGACUGCUUGAGCUCGCAGAUUUAAAAGUACAUGUUUAUGUAAAAAAUGGGUUUAUAGACUGUUGCACAACAGCAAUAAGGCAGAAAUCAUAUGAUGUGUGCUUCUCCCUUUUCGUUGAUGUCUUAAGACACAAAGUGUGUCAUUAAAACAAACAUGUUUCCUUACGCGGAUUAUCACAGGAGCAGUCUUUGGCCCGGAGUAGCCCCGCGCAGCCAAACAUGUGGAGAAGGUGUAAUGGUUGUGUUUUCUCCUGAAAGUGCUGAUGUGAGCUGGACAGAUUGUGCCUCAGAGAGUGAAUGGGGGCGAAAUGAGACGUCUCUGCUGCCUCCCGACGGCAAGCGUGCUGACAGGAGUCCGGGAAGGGCUGUAAAACAGCCAGACAAAGGAGGAAUGGUGCAAUGGUCAUUUUGAAAUAAACCUGUUUGUGAGUGGCAGUGACUGUGAAGAUAUUUAUGUUCUGAUUCAUACCAAAGUGCAGCACCUGCAGCUUUAGUCUGGAUGACUUCAGGAGAGAAGCAGCAGCAGCAAAUACAGUUCAUACAGUUCUAACAUUUGAAAACAAGAAAGCAAGAAUCAGGGACGCUCUGGGAUCUGGGACUGCUGUUAAGUUAGAGCAUAGCCUGUGUAAGAGGUGGCUGGAGCAUCUCCCCCCUGAAAGGUGCAGCUCGCUCAAAGCUGACUCACUCCUAACUGGGGUUCACACAGUUGCAUAUCUCUCAGUAGCCCCUUGCAGCCUCUAUUUAAUGUGGCAAUUGCAAUUACAAGGAGCUCUUACAUGUCAUGUAUCACACCACCUGGGAGCCCUUCGAGGGUGCCCUCAGAAAGUGCCUUGCACCUCCUGCUUAUCCUCGAAGACAAAUCUGAACUUUCUUAUCUGUGUCUCUGCUAGACAGCCUGGGACAGAGUCUGUCUCCAUGUCUAUAGGCCCCAAGCAUCCUCUGGUCAACAUCCUUACAGGAAUCCUUACCGAGAGACAUGUCAGCUAUUUUCUCAGUUUUACUGAUAAGAAAACUGCCACUGCCAGGAUGAGGUCAGGAGUGGUCGCUGCUUUGGACGUCUUGUGGUUGAUGCCAUCGGGAGACAACUGGGGCAACUGCUUUGAGAAACUCAUCAAAUUCCAGCAGACAUCUGUGGGAACCGCAAGAGCCAACACCGGAAAAACAGCUCCUCUAGGGGUAUCAAACGGUCUGUUUACUGUCUCUUUUAGCCAGGCUGAAGAUAGGAGCAGGAAAGAAAGUGUCUACAGAUUAUUUCCUCCAAGAAGAUCUUCACUUCCAACAAAAUCAUUAACAUACAGACUUCUCAAUGCAGUCUUCAAAGAUAAGGAAGAUGACUUCCUAUCAGUGCCGCUGCUGCUAGAUGUAUCCCAGAUGCUGGCUGGUGCAUUUGUUUACUACUGGAAAGAUAUGUACCUUAGGAAUGAGGACAUCAUUCACUCUACGGGCCUAAGAAAGUAGGAUCUGGUUCUGCCCUGCGACUGAGGAGCUGGGUUUGGCAUUGCCUCUCACAGGCACUGACAGUUUCCUUCAGAAUAAAAUUCCAGACCCAUUCUUUUGCUUUUCUUUUUCCACAAGGAUUAAAGCUUUGGCUUUAGCAGCAAUUGACACCACUCAGCAAUUUGUAGAAUAAAAUUUUUCCACAGUUGCAGCCAACAAGAAGUCAGAGCUAAAAAAGGUGCCAAUGCUACAAGGCUGUACAGCUCUGGUGCCGAAGUUCAGUGAUAGUAGGAUUUGUUGGUAUGUUCCUAGGGGGUCACCUGUCUCUCUGCACUCUCUUUGCUGGCUGAUUCAGUCUGCUACCUACAUUUUUGGCUUGCAAGCCUUCUGGAUAGGGGGUGUCCAAGUGAGACUCAUUCAUCUCUAGUGGGCAACAGAGAUGAUAAUGAUCAAAGCCUCCUUCUUUGUGGCCAGGCUACAACAGCAGAUUUUGCAAUGCAAUGAGCAUCUCAAAAAACUGAAACACACAGUGACUCAGAGUAUCACACACAUUAUCCUGUAACAGCAUCAGCACAAUCUAACCCCACCAAAUGCAAGAGCCUUCUCUUCUUUCCCAUGUUUCUCUGACAAGUUUUGAAAAGCAAAAAUUGUAUCCCCUCCAUACACCACAUGCUGGUGUCUCAUGCUGGCCAUGACUCACUCAUGCAAAUUCCUUAACCUUUGCAGCGUAACUUUACUCCCCUGCCUCCAAAAUUGCUGAAAUGCAGCAAGUGAAACGAAAUGCAGGACCUCUUGUCAUCCCAGUUUGAGUACAUAACACUCUGCUGUGUAGGGGUCCUGGACUUAGUGAUAGCAGGACCCAGGGCUCAGGUAACACAGUUCAUAUUUAGGACUCAAUAUAGGGCUGCAGUUUUAUGGCAUAGCCAACUGAAUCAGUAGCAUGGUCAGAUUCUGAAAAACAGCCUUUAAAUAUGCUUGUUUUAGAUUAGGACCGCAUUGAGGUAGCCUGGUUGGUGUAGAAAACGCUAGAUCAACGUGGCUAAUGCAAGUCUGAUGCAGGUCCACAGAUCUGGUUUUAAGGCAGCAUUAGCUGUUGGCCCACUGUGUAUCUGAAGCUUGUUAUGAUAAACCGUGCAGCCGUAUGGAAGAAAUACCACCAGUCUUCUCUCCUCUCUACAGCUCACCUGUCUUUUGUAGACCCAAACACUUACAAAUGCGAAGUCUGAAUGGCUUGGUUGUAACCCUUUUGGAAAGCAGGUAGCUCAAGACUAUUAAAAAUUGAUUUUCUUCUUCUUUUCCAUCCAGUGCUUUGCCUUCUGAGUCAGACAGAAACUGAAAAGAUAGGAGAGUGAAUCUGUGGUCCUGGUUCCUGUCCUUUGUGACCCACUGGACAGAGUUUAACAAACUAUUAGAGCCAUUCACAGAAAUUAAUGGAAAUAAAUUCUGAAAGUAUAUGCAGUGCUUUCAGGCUACCUUCAAAGAAGAUAUUGCAUUGCUCCAUCUAAUCUGGCCUAAUGAGAGGUUUCAGUCCACACGCACACUUUGUCCGCUUCUUUUGGAGCUCAGCUGCAACUUAGGCAUUAUUCUUCUAUAUCACUGGCAAAGCUGAAACAUGCCACAAUUGAAAUCUAGUAAUCUCUUAAGUAAUGAUGCUGCAACGCAGCAUCUUUGGCAUAAAAAGUUGCAAUGAACUAACAAAUACCUUCUCCCAGAGUGGAAACAGCCAACACAGGAUUAGACUGUGGAACUGGCUCUGGCACAGAUACAACAGCUUCCCUGUAGCUCUCUCUAGAAGGACUUGACCACUUAGGGAACUGCAUUCUGACUCCCUCCACUGUGAAUCUCAGACACUUAAAAAUUGCUAAAUCCCCGUAGUUUCAUAACUCUUUCUCAAUCAUUUGAAUCACAAAAAUCCUAAAACUUGUGUCUGUCUGCAGUCUACAUUAACUUAAGGAGAGAAUAAUUUAUGUCCACCUCCGCCCAAGUUUACCUGAUUGCCCUUCCUUUCUGACCCUAUCAUUUGCACGAAGCCACUGAUCUCUUGUGCCUUUCAAACUCAUCAUUCAGGUCAGCAGUAAAACCAGUCCCUAAUAGCAGUAUGAAGCACUCUUCUAUCCUGUGCCUGCUGCUACAUGCCUGGGACAAGAGACUCUACCUGCAAAAAUGGUUUUAACCAAAAUACUUGCUUCCUGCAUAUCUUCUUCUUCAGAAAAUUUCUUCAGAAUUGAAAUCCAUAUGCCAGCAAACAAACAUUCCUGAAUAAUAAAAGCAACUGUAAUGUGUCUGGGACUUGAGUAACUGUGUUGUAAGCUUGGGAGUUUUCUAUAUUAUUAAUUUUGGUAACAAAAUUAAGAUUGGAGCUAAUCUGCUUUGUCCUAAAAUUGUGUUUCAGAAGCUCGGCUCUUAAGCUAGAAAAAAGUAUGAGGAAGAGAGUCCCCUAAUGGAGCAUGUUAGUAUCCUGCUACACUUAUUUCACCAGAUGAAGUUAAUGUGGUUAGUGUGCUCCUUGUACAAACAAUACACGAUUUACAUUUACAGCUGCAUUUUUUGAUCUUCCAAGACUUCCAUUUCCUCCAUGUCUGCAGUAAGUCAGGACCAAUGCACUUUAAACAUGUCUAAAAAUUUUGGAGUAAAGGUCUACUCUUUAUUUUAUUCACAAAAUGAAAUAAAAAAUCUGAAUGAAAUGACUGAA